AUGGGUUGCUCCCCCCAUGCGCCUCUACUCUGCCAUGGGUUGCUCCCCCCAUGCGCCUCUACUCUGCCAUGGGUUGCUCCCCCCAUGCGCCUCUACUCUGCCAUGGGUUGCUCCCCCCAUGCGCCUCUACUCUGCCAUGGGUUGCUCCCCCCAUGCGCCUCUACUCUGCCAUGGGUUGCUCCCCCCAUGCGCCUCUACUCUGCCAUGGGUUGCUCCCCCCAUGCGCCUCUACUCUGCCAUGGGUUGCUCCCCCCAUGCGCCUCUACUCUGCCAUGGGUUGCUUCCCCCAUGCGCCUCUACUCUGCCAUGGGUUGCUCCCCCCAUGCGCCUCUACUCUGCCAUGGGUUGCUCCCCCCAUGCGCCUCUACUCUGCCAUGGGUUGCUCCCCCCAUGCGCCUCUACUCUGCCAUGGGUUGCUCCCCCCAUGCGCCUCUACUCUGCCAUGGGUUGCUCCCCCCAUGCGCCUCUACUCUGCCAUGGGUUGCUCCCCCAUGCGCCUCUACUCUGCCAUGGGUUGCUUCCCCCAUGCGCCUCUACUCUGCCAUGGGUUGCUCCCCCCAUGCGCCUCUACUCUGCCAUGGGUUGCUCCCCCCAUGCGCCUCUACUCUGCCAUGGGUUGCUCCCCCCAUGCGCCUCUACUCUGCCAUGGGUUGCUCCCCCCAUGCGCCUCUACUCUGCCAUGGGCUGCCCCCCAUGCGCCUCUACUCUGCCAUGGGUUGCUCCCCCCAUGCGCCUCUACUCUGCCAUGGGUUGCCCCCCAUGCGCCUCUACUCUGCCAUGGGUUGCUCCCCCCAUGCGCCUCUACUCUGCCAUGGGCUGCCCCCCAUGCGCCUCUACUCUGCCAUGGGUUGCUCCCCCCAUGCGCCUCUACUCUGCCAUGGGCUGCCCCCCAUGCGCCUCUACUCUGCCAUGGGUUGCCCCCCAUGCGCCUCUACUCUGCCAUGGGUUGCUCCCCCCAUGCGCCUCUACUCUGCCAUGGGCUGCCCCCCAUGCGCCUCUACUCUGCCAUGGGUUGCUCCCCCCAUGCGCCUCUACUCUGCCAUGGGUUGCUCCCCCCAUGCGCCUCUACUCUGCCAUGGGUUGCUCCCCCCAUGCGCCUCUACUCUGCCAUGGGUUGCUCCCCCCAUGCGCCUCUACUCUGCCAUGGGUUGCUCCCCAUGCGCCUCUACUCUGCCAUGGGUUGCUCCCCCCAUGCGCCUCUACUCUGCCAUGGGUUGCUCCCCAUGCGCCUCUACUCUGCCAUGGGUUGCUCCCCCCAUGCGCCUCUACUCUGCCAUGGGUUGCUCCCCCCAUGCGCCUCUACUCUGCCAUGGGUUGCUCCCCCCAUGCGCCUCUACUCUGCCAUGGGUUGCUCCCCCCAUGCGCCUCUACUCUGCCAUGGGUUGCUCCCCCCAUGCGCCUCUACUCUGCCAUGGGUUGCUCCCCCCAUGCGCCUCUACUCUGCCAUGGGUUGCUCCCCCCAUGCGCCUCUACUCUGCCAUGGGUUGCUCCCCCCAUGCGCCUCUACUCUGCCAUGGGUUGCUCCCCCCAUGCGCCUCUACUCUGCCAUGGGUUGCUCCCCCCAUGCGCCUCUACUCUGCCAUGGGUUGCUCCCCCCAUGCGCCUCUACUCUGCCAUGCGCUCUUGAACUCUCCACGUUAG